UGUUUGUGUUUCCAAUUCAGACAAUGCCUCCAUGACCAAGUUCCUCUCCAUAAUCGUGACUUGCGUGACAUUUUGUUCCAAACAAGAAGGAAUCCAACAAGAAAGUCUGCUCCAUUAUUAUUCUAACCUGGACAGAGUAAUAAUAAAUGCAAACAACCAUUCUCUGACAGCAACCACAAGGUUAUCAGAUUCCCUCUUAUUCUGGUUGACCCCGAUUCAAAUAUACCAUCUUUCUACAGAAGCAUAUCACCUCCUCCAUAUAUAAUUCUGGGUCUCACUCAUUUUCAGUCUCAGUCAAUACUGUAAUCAAUGGGGGCCGGAAAACAAAGCGCUGCGGGGGUUCCUCUGCUCGAAAAGGCUGUGGGGGCUUCCAAGGCUCAGACCCUCGGAAACAUAAUCGUCUCGGUUGUUGGGACCGGCGUCUUGGGACUUCCGUAUGCUUUGCGAAUCGCUGGUUGGCUUGCUGGCUCGCUCGGCGUUAUUGUCAUCGGUCUUACAACAUAUUACUGCAUGCUCCUCCUUGUGCAAUGUAGGGAGAAAUUUGCAUCGGAAGAAGAUUCAAUGGUUAAAAAGUCGUAUGGUGAUUUGGGGUAUGAAUGCAUGGGAAGAAAAGGUCGUUAUCUGACUGAAUCCUUGAUUUUGAUUGCUCAAUGCGGGGGCUCUGUGGCGUAUCUUGUGUUUGUCGGACAAAAUAUUUCAUCUAUGUUCAAUGGCCAUGGACUCUCGGUUAAUUCCUGUAUAUUUUUGCUAGUGCCAGUGGAAAUUGGGUUAUCUUGGAUAGGUAGUCUAUCUGCUUUAGCACCCUUCAGUAUCUUUGCUGCCAUCUGCAAUUUGUUGGCUAUGGCAAUUGUGGUGAAGCAAGACAUACAGCAAGCAGUAGAGGGUGAGUUUUCUUUUAGGGAUAGGACGGCGAUCACAUCAAAUAUAGGAGGGUUGCCAUUUGCAGGAGGCGUGGCAGUGUUUUGUUUUGAGGGGUUCGGGAUGACUUUGGCUUUGGAAGCCUCUAUGAAAGAUAAAACCCAGUUCCCAAGGUUGCUUGCUCAGACUUUCACAGGGAUAAGCAUUGUGUACGCUUUAUUUGGAUUCUUUGGAUACAUGGCUUACGGUGAUCAAACGAGAGACAUUAUCACUCUCAAUCUCCCCCGAAAUUGGUCAUCCAUAGCCGUUCAGAUUGGCUUGUGCUUGGGUUUAAUAUUUACAUUCCCGAUCAUGCUCCACCCAAUAAACGAGAUCAUAGAGGGAAACUUAACAAAAGAUUCAUCUACAAGAAUGGGAAAAUUGGGAGUAUACAUGAGUCGAGCAAUGGUGGUGAUGGUGUUGGCUGUCUUGGCCUCAUGUGUGCCAGGAUUUGCAGUGUUUGCCUCACUUGUGGGAAGUACAGUAUGCGCACUGAUAUCAUUUGUUUUGCCAGCCACAUUUCAUUUAACGUUAUUCGGUUCUUCCCUACAGUUCUGGCAGAAAACCUUGGAUUUCUUCAUUUUACUGUGUGGAUUACUUUUUGCGGUAUAUGGUACUUUCAAUGCCGUAGACGGUAUAUAAACUGAUCGCUCAAAACACAGAGACUUAGUUGCAGCCAUUGAUGAAUUUGUACUUUACAUGCAAGACACAGAUGAAUAGAAAGUGUAGAAGGAGACAACCUUCAAAAGAUACUGUAUUUUGUGUCUGGUAUCUAAAUUAAAUGUUGUAUCUAAUUGGUUGUCACUGUAGUGCUAUACAAAUAUGGACUUCAAUGUUUUUUCUUAGAUGUGAGCAGGUCUUCCCCCGACUUGUCAUGUCUGCUCAGUGUGAUUAUGCCUUGCUUUUAUCUU